AUGCCGACACGCGACAAGGUCACCUUCAAAAUUCCCGUUACCCCCAGAAAGAGAGUCAAGCCCGAACCUGACCUCGAGCCUGAAUCUGCGCCUGAGCCCGGCAUGGACGAGACUUCAGGCCGUGGCCAUCGGGAGAAAAAGCCAAGCGAAAAGCUCAAGGAACAAGUUUCGGCCAAGGUUGACCGGGUCGAGGACGAGAAACCUGUGGCUCUUCCCACCUACAUUGCGCCCAAUGACCCUAAAUUUUUGCAAGAUCAGAAAGAGGUCCCAAAGUUCUUUGACCACUCUAAGAUAGCCCCGAAGGGUGACAAAACCGACUUCUACACUCUGGGGACUCACGUCGAGAGUAAAGAGAAACGUUAUUACAUUCGCGCGAAGCGAGACCCUGCCACUUUCUACUUUCAUGCCGACGAGCCGCCUCCGCGUUACGCCCGUCUCAGCGACGAGAAUCACCCCCAAUGUGGCGUCGAGAAUCUCAAGAAUGUCUUUACCAAGGACAUGUUGGGCAAGAGUGGGGAGUUUGGUAGCUACACUACAAGGGCAAAUGUCUUUGCUCGGGAAGGACAGUUCUUCUUCGAAGCCAAGGUCAUUAGUAUUGCCCCGCCAGGUCGAGAAGCCCCGGAUCGCGCGCUGGCAGAGACUCAGAACUCGGACAGAACGUCAACGAGUCGAGGCGGUCUGAGAGUGGGUUUCUGCAGACGUGAACACCAUUGGAGCGAGAACCUGGGCGGCAAUGCCUACUCUUAUGCUGUCAUUUUGAGGAGUGGGAGGGCGAGAGAGUAUGGCAGCGUGCGGUUCAAUACCAUGAUGUACCAUAUGCAGGGUGAAGGUGGACAAGAUCCCGACGACUUGUCGCCGGGGGAUGUUGUAGGGCUUAUGAUCACGCUGCCGUCGCUGGAGGUACACAAAAAGGUUGUCGAGGGUACCUACAACCCGGCUGAGUACCCGGAUCUCAAAUGUGGACCAGCUGUCAUGAAAAAGAGGCACGGCGCAGGGAAGAAGUCUGCUAAGGGCGGACCGAAACCCAAGGAUGGCGACGUGGCUAAGACCAAGGAGGAUCCUGUCAAGAAAUCACACAAUGGUCGAGAUGCUAUUCGCUCCGCCUUGAAUCCGAUGCUGGGAUGUUCUGCGCCCUCCGAUCACGACAUCAUCCGCGACCGCAAUCCCUUCCUCCACAAGGGCAUGACUUACUUCGAAUGCCCCGAAUACACGCCCAACCACGAUCUCAGCCGGCCCACGCUGAAUACAAAAAACAAAUCCAUCAACCCAGAAACUGGCAAGAAGUACGACCUCGUGACCGAGCCCCAUCCUAACCAUGACCUCCCUCACCUGCGCACCCUACCUGGCAGCAAGAUUGAACUCUGGGUGAAUGGUAAAUACCAUGGCGUGGUCUGGGAACACCUCUUUGCAUUCCUGCCACCUGCUUCUUACAUUGAGAAGGGCAGUAGAGCCGUCACCGGAGGACAUGGCGACGUGGACGACGGCUUGCUAGGUUAUUACCCGGCGAUUAGCCAUUACACUGGCGGAGCGAUCGAGUGCAAGUUUGAUGGACCCUGGUGGUACGGAUACGAGAAAGAUGGCCCUGCACACCCCAAUGCCCGCCCGAUCGGUGAGCGGUAUCAAGAACAAAUCGUCGAGGACAUGGUUAACGACCUCGUGGAUGAGAUCUACCAGGAGAAGCUUUACGGGGACCGUGAUUGGAUGAGGAAACGGGUCUUGGAUGCACCUGUCAGUCUUCAACACAGCUGA